CAAGUGAUUAGCUGUUAGUAUGACAAUUAUUUGUUUGUAAAAGUCUUUGAGUUUUUCUUUCCAAACCAAAUUCAAUGUACACUCAAAAGUUACAAUGCAAUGAAGCAUUUAAACUGUGGCUGUUCAAUUAUCAAUAGCAAUCACCAAAGGUCUUCAACAUUUAGCAACAGCCACUCUUGUGUAAGUCAGUUAAAAUCAAGAGGCUUCAAACUAUGCCAGGAGGUAUCAGACAUGGAUGCUCGAAUCAGUGCGCCAUCCCAUAACUUCAGCCAUACGAAUACUGCAAAAUUUACAUCUCAAGAUAUAUUUUCUACUGUGUCUAACAGCGAACAGACUGGUUCCAAUAAUGCUCCUAAAGUAUUUAUUGAAAACAAUCCUUUUGAAGCCCUUCCACCGAAUGAAGACCAAAAGUGCAGUUCUUUUAUACAGAAGCUUAUGAGCAAUGCCAAAACAAUGUUAGGCACGAGAUGUUCUACAUUGCAUCCUUCAAUUUGUAGCGAACAACCAACAAAAGAGACUGACAAUUGUCAAGAUGAUUCUAAAGCAACUAUUCAUAGUAACUAUAAAUUAGGAUAUGUUAGAGAUUAUACAAGAUAUACUCCAAGCGACUACUGCCUUUGUGAUGGCGAUGACCAUGAAAAUAUCAGUAACCUAGAAUCAACAUGGACCACCGCUGACUCACUGCCUAAAGAACAAUCCCCUCCUAGCUCGGCCAGGUCUAGACCGACAUCUUCCGUAAACUAUAGCAUGCAAUGUCAGGCUUCUACAUCCGACAGACUGACAUUGGAUAGCAUGCACCCAUCUUCCAAGUUAAAAUAUUUCUAUUCUGAUAAUGAGUAUAAUCCUCCACACGACGAUGCUUUUUCUAAAUUUAAAGAAAACAUUUACAAAAGAGGACAACGAAAAUAUUUAAAAGGUCAUAAAGUUUAUAUUAAUAGUGACGACCGUCAUUACGAAGGGCCUAAGGUUUUUGCAGAUCGGCCAAAUGUUUUUAUUGAAGACCAAAAUAUUUAUUAUGGUGAUCUAAGUACAGAUAUAAAUACCAAGACGGAGAGUGAAAGUAUUGGAACUGGCGAAAAUUAUAUUGAUUCGAAACGUUUAGACGAGUAUACCCAUAAAACUUCAAGUGAUGUGAACAAAAGCGACAUACCCGACAAAGAUACCAAUGAUGUUCCCAAAAAAUCUGAAUCAAAUAGAAGAAUCUUUUCAUUAUUAGAUACAGCUUGGCUAAACCCCUUUCGUCGAGAAUCUUCCAAAAAAUCAACUCUCGCGCAGAAUUUAACAAACGUUGAUGACGAAAAGAAAACAGAUAGUUUAAACAAUAUACCUUGUAGAGAUGUUACUUGCUAUAGAGUUAUUGAAAGUAAUCGAGCAAACUCAGCUGAACCAAUCAGAAGUAGAGGAGACACUCACAAAACUACAGAACAUAAACCCAGAGGAGGUUUGGGUGCUAAUUUAAAUACUAAUGAAAUAAGAAAAGUCAAAGCUCACUCUUGUGAUCUCUAUAAUGGUAGGAAUCAUAACAUUAAUAGCAAACAUGUAUACAGCCAUCCGCAGUCCAAAAAUAUAGCAGAAACUACUCAAAAUACCUGUGAUAUCAGAAAUAAUUUUGUAUCUACUGGUUGUAAUGUAGAUCCAUCAGUAGAUAAAAGUAUCAAGACCUCUUUGACUAAUUGUGAUCCAAACUGUCGAGUUUGUAGGCAUGUUUACCCCCCAAAUAAGGAUCCAAGAAAUAAAACCUCAAUUGUCGAUACUAGUGUGGGUUCUGCAGUAGUUAGAACCACAUCUGAGAGGGGUAUUUAUGAAAGCUUACCACCAAGAUUUGUAGAAGAAUCACCAAACAGUAGUAAUCAUCAUUUGUUGGUAAAUCCAAUUAAGAAUGAUACUAAAAAAGCAGAACCUCUACAGGAAACUCCUUCUAACAGUUUAUCCUCUCCGAUGUCUUUUACCACUGUAAAUCAGUGUAAUAUGUCUGGUUCUUUCGUAAGUGUAACAAAUAAUAAAACCAAGAAUAUUAAAAAGAAUAGGAUGGAAAAAAGGAAGAAAAGUAACUAUGGAAAUGACUAUAAUAGUCCAUCCCCAAAGAGAGUGAGAUCCAACCACAAGCAGAAAGAUCAAGAUAAUCAAUGUGCUUUUAUCGGAUCGCCAGUAUUAAUUUCAGAUAUUUUUAAAGAAAAUGAAGGCACCCCAAACAACAAUAAUUAUCCACCUCAUGAAGAUGUAUACUUACCAAAUUGUCCUACAUGUAGAACUUAUUUACGAACAAAUUCAUUAUUGGCUGGUGAACAACUUAGAAUAGGUAGUCCCGAUAGUUAUGGUGAAGAUAGGUUCCAUAGUAUAGUAGAAAUGAAUAGUAGUAGAUUUAGAAAUAGACCAACAACCAGUUACGAAAAUCGGUUAACACGUUCAUCUAUUGAAAAGGCCAGAUAUAUGGAAGAAAGACUUUCAAAUGUUCAAGAUUAUUAUCCGUGGUCGCCGGUGAAAGUGGUUAUAGAUCCAGAAUUGGAAAGAAUAACCAGUGAGUUAAAAACCGAAAAUAAAGUAUUAAAAAGUGAAUUACUAGAAAUGAAAUUAGAGCUUAGGCAUGCCUUAGAAAAAGUUGAAGGUCCAAUGAGAAGCAAAUUGGAGGCAGAGAAGUUUAGGUGUGAGCAACUUCAACAAGAGUUACAUAGAGCAUCCCAUGAUAUGGAACUUUCAAAAGAUCAAUUUAUUAAAGAAAGCCAAAAAUUAAAAUCCCAACUAGUUGAAGCUACAACUAAUAUGACUCAACUGGAAGCUAUAAAUCAGAGAUUAAGAAAUGAGAUGGAGGUAUUAGAUGGAUUGUGUGCAAAGCUAGAGGAAGAUUUAGUAAAUCAGAAGGUUAAUGAAGCAGAAACGUUAAAGCGAAUAACACAAAGAAAAAUAGCUAGUAAUAAGGAUGUUUACAACGAAGAAGAAGUUAGUACAGAACAACUGGAGGCAACUUAUGAUUAUAUGAAAGAUACAGAUUGCGUUGUUUCAGAUUUUUUAACUGAAAAUACGUUACAAGAAUCAAAUCUAAAUGUUCUAGCUAGAAAAUUAAGUAAAACGAUAAAAGAUUGCCCUCUUGAAAAUUGUUUAAAUAUCCCUACAGAACUUACAGACGCAGUCAAGAUGAUAAAAGACUUAACAGACAUGGUAGAGAAAAGAAAAGGAGACAGGAUUUCAGUAAAUACGUUUUCCGUUAGUAAAAAUAACUGUUCCUGCCAAUCACCACCGAGUGUGGCAGUAGCUGCGUGCCAAUACAUAGGAUUAAAUGAUAUUGGCAUUGUAGUAUCAAAAUCAUUGUUUCCUAAUGUACCUCCAAAUGUAAAUACCGAAGAGAUCGCAAUAUCAACAAAAACAUUAUUUGGUGUUCCACAGAAUUUUGUGGUCGAGAAUAUAAGUAGUAAAAAUAUUGUGGAGAAUACUGAAAUUCCCACAAAAGCUUCUGUUUCUUUCUCACAACAAGAUUUACCUUUUGUUGGUGAACCACCUUGUCUCAAAGACCAAUGUACUGAUCCCAAAUCUGCAGACAAAAAAAUAAGUUAUACCCCACCUGUAUAUUCUUUGAUAAAACCGCAAAUGGUUGACAAGGAAAGUAAUUACGAAACCAGAAGAGUCGCCUUUGGUGAUUAUAUUAAAGAUCCCAAGGAUAAUGUCGUAGCUUGCUAUGUGGUCAACACUCCAGUAGGUCCUUUCAAGCCAACUACUCAAGAUAAAGGUUCUCCACCAACUAUGAAAGAUGAAUCGACAUGUUGCAGUAACAAUAAAUGUGCGGAUCUUGAACAACCGCCUUGUGGGGGUUUAGAAAUUCCAUGCGGUGAAGUUGAAGCUGACGAAGAUGUAAAUACCGAAUGUGAAACCUCUGAAGAACCUCCUUGCAAAUAUUUCGGAACUCCAUGUUGCAAAGCUGAAGCUAAAGAAGAUAUUAACAACAAGUGUGAAGAGUCUGAAGAAGCGCCUUGCAAAUAUUUUGGAAGUCCAUGUUGCGAAGUUAAAGCUAACGAAGAAACUAUUAUUUCAGACACAAAACAAGAUUUACCCUUAGGAGAAAAAAUCGACUUUGAUGAUAAUCAAGGCAUUAAUGUUGAUUUGAAAACGUGCGCCGAUAUCGAAUCUCCGCCUUGUGAAGAUGAGGGAAUACCGUGUAUAGAAAAAGAAGUAACUAUUCCCAUAGCAAACGAUAAUACCCAGGCAACUUUUUCUCCAGUAACUGAAAAAAGCCAAUCUCCUUGUGCACGUUUCGGCUAUCCUUGUAAGAAAAAUAAGAAUGACACUUCAGAGCACUUACCGGAAGAUAUAAAUAUAAGUCAGGAGAGUGGUCAGAAAGAUGCAUCGACGGAGGAUACUGUUAUUAAAAUUGAUAGAGAUAGCGGGAGUGGAAUUAUAUGCCCAAUGACAGCUACACUUGAAGAUAUAGGAGAGCAAAAGAAAAUUGCAGUACCUUGUGGAGAAGAUCACGCGUGUGCCGCUGUUGAUAGACCUUGCACAAAACUUGCAGACGAAAUCCAAACCAGAAAUAUAGCUGUUAAAACAGAUACAAUGAAAGGCAAAGACUCAGAAAUUGCAAAUCUAAUCGAGCAAGAAAAAGAACCGAAAGAAAAAGUUAUAGGUGGUUUUUUAACUUUGGAUAUUGAGGUAACGAAGGAGGCAACUUCAGAAGUUGAAAAAUAUAAUUUCGAGUUCGAAAAGCCAAAGACAGCUCUUAUUACUACAGUAAUUCAAGAUGGCAUUCUUGGAGUUAAAACAGAGGGACCCACAGGAACCAUAAAAAGUACUUUGAAGUAUCUUCCAGGUGGUAUUGUUGAAGUCCAAACAGAAAUUACCGAUGCAAGUGGUAAACCAGACGAGACUAGACCUUUUCUGCCAGAAGCGAAAAGAGAAUAUUCGGUUUCAAAGCAGGAGACAGAUACCAUGCCCAAAUCUCCACUUAUGAAAGGGGAAUCUGAUGUAGAAGUAUGUGAAGAUAAUACAUGCCCAAACAAAGACUCUAUUACUAGUGGUAGCUUUGAUAUUGAAGAUAUCGUACUUUGUCCUAAAUCUGGAAAACCAUGUAGACAUCCAAUUACAAAAAGACCCUGUACAUUAGCAGAUCAAGUUCAACAUGCAGGAACACAAGACCCUCUACUACGUGAAGCUGGAGUUAUCACAGAUCCUAAAGCCAAACGACAACAAGAAGUUGAUUCUAUACCUCAAACAACCACUACUGGUGCUUUCGAACAAGUUCCAAUAUUUGACAAGACCACGUCACAUACCACACCGACAAAGGAUGCAGUGACUAAACCGCUGGACAUAGAAACUAAAGAAACUCCUACCAGUUUAGAAGAUGUAACAGUAUCAAGUCCUCAACAAACUCAUGAAAUAGCAGUAAGUGGAAAAUCGGUUGGUGAUGACGACACCAGAGCUACAAUUGCCAGUUCCACUCUUCCUGUAGAAAUGACAUCCAAAGGUGAAUACACUUCAGACCUUCGAACUGAUAAACAAAUAGCGACUAGUAGUGUGGUUGAAGGAGUUAACGAACAAGAAACCUUUACUUUCGAUUAUAUAAGAGAGAACGUAGGCACCAGUUUUGAGAAACCGAGCCAAUACGCCAAGUCAAUUGCAGUAAAGCCAUAUACAGCAGAUAAACAAGAGUCGAAUCAUGCAACCGUAAGUCAAAGUGACUGCGGAUGUCAGUCUACACUUCCUCCAACAGAACAGUCAUGUCAAUGUUGUGAAUGUAAGGAAAUCGGGGUUUCCACUGCAAGAUACGCAGAAUAUUCACAAGUUCCGGAAACUAUGUUACAAGAAAAAAUUCCUGUGAAAUAUAUACAAGACAAACAGCCAGACGCAGAUGACGAAUACCAUUCUGCUUCGGACGAAAUUUUAAGUCAAACAAAAAACAGAAUGGACCUUGAAGCUGAAGAUAUCGCAAUAAAAGAUGGGAUGCUCCUUACGUUAGAUAAAAGUAGGAUAUCUAAGGAUAAGCAAAUAAUUCCAACAGGAAUUGUACUUCCCGAUGGAAGUCGUGUAUUAUCUAACGGAAAUAUUCAAAGGCCAGAUGGAACAAUUAUAACACAAGAUGGGGAGAUUCAGCAAUUAGGCACUACUGUUCAUCCUGAUAGGACUAGUAUGCCACCAGUGAUUGAAUUAGGUAAACAAACAAAAAAACAUCAACUACCUGAAGGAUAUAUUAUAGAGCCAGAUGGCUCUAUACAACCCUUGGGUAGCAAGUUAUUACCAGAUGGAACUAUCCAAAGACCAGAUGGAAACAUUGUUUACCCUGACGGAACUGUCAAAUCUUUCGAUGGACAUGUUCUUCCUCUGCAAAGAUCAAUAGAAUUAAGCCAAAGCUUUAUGUUGCCUGACGGUACAAUUGUCCAAGAAGAUGGUACCAUCGUAGCACCAGACGGUAGAGUUUAUCCAAGGGGAAGUAGACUUUCUCCAGGCGGUAACAUUUUAUUACCUGAUGGUAAGUCUGUACAACGAGAAAUACCUGAAAUACUUGUUGACAAGGAAAAAAGUGUAGAAAAAACUAUUGUCAGAUCAGAAGAGACAUAUGAAACUGAUAUAAUAACGCAAAAAAUAUCUCAACAAAUAACACAAGAAGAUAAGCCAAUUGUGGUCUCAUCACAAGAUGGUGAACCACAAGAUGGUAUUGAACCGUCAAGUAGUAAAGUGAUUGAUGAAAAAACUAGUAUACAAGUAGAUAAAGUUGGUACUAAAGAUAGCGUUAAAGUAGAGGAUGGUUCAGCUGCAAAGAUCAGUUUGCGUAUGUCUGAAAUUACUGAGACAGUUACAACAAAAAGUGGACAACAAUAUCCAACACCCGGAAUAACAGAAAAAGAUGGACUAGAUGAAGAAUUAAAGGACCAAGAAAAAGUUGCUUCAAUAAACCUACCAAUCAAAGCUCGAGCUACAAGUGAUAGUUUGCCCAUACGAUCAAUUACACCUGAAAGUGCCGCUAUGAAACAAAAAAUAUCAAGUUAUUCUGAAACGGAGGCUGCUACUAUAAAAACCGAUACGGUUAUGUCCCAUCCUAGUGAGGCGGUUACAACGACAAGUGGGCCACAUUAUGGAAUAUUUAGCGAAAUAGCUAAAGAUGAAGCAGAUGAAGUAUUAAAAGAUAAAGAAAAGGCUGCUGCAUUAAGUGAACUACCAAUUAAGAGCAAAGUUACAAGUGAUAUGCCUCCCACAGUUGGAAUUACACAUGAAAGUAAAAUUAUUACACGAAAAAUUUCGAGUAUUUCUCAAUUAAGUGAGGAAGUUGAAACAACAAAUGGAAAAUAUCAUCUACCAUCUGGCAUGAUUGCUAAAGAUCAAAUAGAUGACGUAUUGAAGGAUAGCCAUAAAGCUGUUCAAUCAUUAAUAACUGCUGAAGAUGCCAUUAUCACAGAAAAAGAUAGUAUUCUAUCACCCAAAGGAUCUGUUAUGAAACCUGUCGAAACAAUUUUGGGAAAAGAAGCAGAUGUCCCAGCAAUACAAACCAGUAAAGAUGUAACCAAAUCGAGUGAAAAGAUUGUAACGAUAAGUGGACAUCAAUAUCCUAUAUCCAACGGAAAUAUAAUAAUAGAGAAUUUAAAGGAUAUUAAACAGAAAGCUUCCGCAAUAAGUAAGCAAUCACUUAAACAUCAAGUUACAAAAGAUAGUCUUCCCAUAUCUUCAGUUAUACUUGAACGUGACAUUAGCAUAGAAAAAGUGAAAAUUUUUCCACCUCAUAAAUUAAAAAAGGUUGAACCUAGAGAAACAAUUACAACGUCAGAUGGACAACAAUAUCCAAUAUCAAGUACAAUAAAUAAUGAUGAACUAGAUCAAAUAUUACAGGAUAAAGAAAAAUCUGCCACAAUAAGUGGGCAACAACUUAAGGGUAAUUUUACAAGUGAUAGUCUUCCCAUACAGCCAAUUACCCCUGAAAGUACUAGUAUCGCAGAAAAAACAGCCGUUGAAUCUGUUCCAAGAAUUGACGAAACAGUUUUAAAAACCUUUGAAGCAGACGUUCCAACUGGAGAAAUCAAGGAAAAUAUGUCUAAACCUGGUGAAGCAAUUACUACAGAAGUAGAUGAAAAAUAUUAUUCACUGCCCAAACUAGAUAUUGGCGAAUACCAAAUAGAAACGGAUCAAGAAACAGAUGCUGCAAUGAGUGAGCCAUUAAUUAAAACUCAAGUUACACACGAGAGUGUUCCCAUUUCUUCAAUUAUGCCUGAAGAUUCCACGCUGGAAGAAAAAAGUGUAAAACUGACAGCAGCUUCUCCAGCUGGAACUUUUACGAAAACAGAAGGAAUUACUGUCUAUCCACCUCAUGUUUUACGUCCAAUAGAAACGGAUCAAGAAAGAGUUGCUGCAAUUAGUGAGCCAUUAAUUAAAACUCAAGUUACACACGAGAGUGUUCCCAUUUCUUCAAUUAUGCCUGAAGAUUCCACGCUGGAAGAAAAAAGUGUAAAACUUACAGCAGCUUCUCCAGCUGGAACUUUUACGAAAACAGGAGAAAUUGCUGCCUCUCCACCUCAUGUUGUACGUCCUAUAGAAACGGAUCAAGAAAAAGUUGCUGCAAUGAGUGAGCCAUUAAUUAAAACUCAAGUAACACACGAGAGUGUUCCCAUUCCUUCAAUUAUGCCUGAAGAUUCGCUGGAAGAAAAAAGUGUAAAACUGACAGCAGCUUCUCCAGCUGGAACUUUUACGAAAACAGGAGAAAUUGCUGUCUAUCCACCUCAUGUUGUACGUCCUAUAGAUGGAGGUGUAUCAAGUAGCUCUGAACAGCUUAUUAGACUUGUUGAUACAGAAUUAGGUGAAACUGUUUUGGAUGAAGAAGUUGAACAUUUAGACGACGUUGGUGAAGCAAUAUAUGAAGAUAAACCGAUUAUAGAAUAUGACAGUAUUGAUAAAAAAAGCCAAACUGAAAAGAUCGACGAUGUUAGGGAUAUACUAAGCAAAAUCGAUAAAAAAUAUUCGUCGGAAGUGCCUGAUGUUGUAUCAAAACUAUCUUCUAAAGAAUUACCUCCACUUCUUGAGGUAACUGAUAGUAAAAAACCCAGAAAAAAGCGUUCUUCUCAAACCGACAUUAAAGUAUGCACUUGUCGUAGUUCUUGCACAUGUAUUUUAUGUACGUCAGAAAUUAUGCAAAAACGGGCAAGUAAACCAACCAAAAAAGAAUCAAAAUGUAUAGAAAGUAAAAUUUGUUACUGCAGAGGAACGCCAAAUAAAGUCCAAAUCCAAUUUACUCCUCAGCAAAGUGCGUAUUCAAACAACCUUUAUAAGCCUUCUCUUCUAUAUCCUAAACGAAAAUGUGAAACUUUUGCGGGAGGUCCUCCAUGCAAUAGACCAAGACAACAAUUUAUUUCAGAAAAAGGAGUAAAGCAAAGAUCAAAAAUAAGUAUCGAUGACGUAUUUAAUCCUAGCACAUACAAACGUGAUGUUGAAAAGCCUGUAAAAAAGCGGAGUUUUCAAAAAAGACAUGGUGUCGAUUGCGAAUGUGUAGACUGCCUAUGUUCGCCAAUGAUCCGAGCUCUAUCUACGACAAGAGAAUUCUUUAAAGUCCGGGACACCAAGCAAAUAUACCAGGUCUCAAACAUCAAAUGCUAUUGUCCAAAUACAACCAAAAAAGUGUCCAAAAUUCCCGUAUCAACUAAUCCAGCCGUACCAAAAGUAAGAUCUAACGCAGUAGUCUGUACGUGUGACCCAUGUGAAUGUCAGCCUUGUGCUGAUACUAAAAAAGAUGGUGCUGGUCCAGCAAAAGUGGAUGAACGUGGUCUGGUACUGCCAACAAUGGAUGAAGUCAUGAAAAUGACUCCAGAACAAUUAAAGGCUUUAUGUGAUUGUGAUCCCUGCAACUGUGAAGUAUGUUACAAUAAGCCUGCCCCACCCGAUGCCACUUGUGAUCAAGUGCCUAUGUGUUGCUGUCGUCCUGGAUGUGUAUGUGAGUUUUGUCAAGUUGAAGAAAUAAAAAAGCAAAUUGAAAAAUUAAAACAAGAAAUUGAUUCUCUAAAGGCUACCACACCUAUCAUCCCUCUGGCGGAUUCUGAAACCACGCACCCAGAAGGAUGUGAUUGCAAAUUGUGUCAAUGUCCUUUGGCACCAGGAAAAGAAGCAACUGCGAAUAUAGCAGCAGCUCAAUCUCCCCAAGGAGACCAAAACGAAGAUUGCGAUUGUACCGUUUGUAUGUGUCCUGAAGGUCCUAAUAAAGACAAACUACCUACGUCCCAACCCACUGGACAUCCCGAUGACUGUGACUGUGACACUUGUCGGUGUCCCUUAGGUCCACUAAAGGAUCAACCUAAAACUCCCGAGCAUCCAGUAGAUUGUGAUUGUGACCUUUGCAAAUGCCCACUUGCACCAACAGGAGGCGACGGAAAGCUUUGUAACUGUGGAGAUUUCUGCAUGUGUCCUGGAGCACCCCCUGCUGCUAAAAAGGAUCCGAUGUCAGGUUGUACCUGCAAGCCUACUUGCCUAUGUCCAAAAGGACCGACGCCCACGUGUGAUUGCCCCCCAAAUGAAUGCGUCUGCAGUCCAUGUCCAGAUCCACGGAAAAACUUGACAUUUUUGAGCCAAGGUGAGAAAGCAGGUGAUUCCGAUAUAUGCACUUGCACUGUGUGUAAAUGUUUUGAAGAAAUCCCUAAACAAGAUCAUCCAGACGAUUGUACAUGCGAGGUUUGUAAAUGUGACGAAGAAAAAGUCCUAGUUGGAAAAGCAUCUGAAUGUAUUUGCCCUAUUUGUAAAUGUGGUGAAGGCGACGGAUUCGAUGGAGGACCUCAGCACCCAGAUGGCUGUAUUUGUGAUGAGUGUAAAUGUGCUGAUGAAGAAUUUGAACACCCCGAAGAAUGUAUUUGUGAUGUCUGCAAGUGUGAACCUGAACCUGAGCACACGAAAGAAUGCAUUUGCGAUGUUUGUAAGUGCGAACCGGAUGGUUCGCACUUACGAACCACUACGGAACCACCGCACUCAAAGGACUGUAUUUGCGAUGUCUGCAGGUGCGGAUCCGAAGAGCAACUACCGCACCCAGAAGGAUGUAUUUGCAAGAUUUGUAAAUGCGAACCACCAGAGAAACUUCUUCCCGAAGAAUGCACUUGUCCAAUUUGUCAAUGCGAUGAAAAAGAACAGAAAGAAUCUGAAUGUAUUUGCGAUGAUCCCUGUAAAUGCGAUGAAAAAGAACCAACACUGCAGACAAAAUCAGCAGCACUUAAAUCCUGUAUCUGUGGGGAUGUUUGUACUUGUGACCAAGGAGAUAUAGCUGGUGCAAAGAUUCAAACUGGUACCGCCAUCAGUGCUAAGAAAAGUACUGGAAUACAUCAGGUGAAAUGCGAUUGUGUAGAAUGUAAGUGUGCAGAGAAAACUGAAUACACCGCAACAGAAGGUCCCCAAGGAGAUACUACGACAACUUCUGCAACGCACGCCCUCAACUGUAAUUGUGCAGAAUGUAAGUGUGCGGAAGAAACGGAAGACACCAAAAGAGACGAUCCACAAAGAGACGAUCCUCAAAGAGAUAAAUGUAAAUGUGGUGUUUGCAAUUGCGUUGACUGUUACUAUAAAGACGGUCGCAUUCCUCAUUCAAAAGACUGCAAAUGCGAUUUUUGCACAUGUGUAGAUUGUUGUGCCACGACUGAUAAGACUGAUAGAGCUUAUAAAACAGCUCAAGAUACGAAACAGGACGAAACUAAAGCAUGCACAUGCAUCGUCUGUAAAUGUGAACCUUGUUACUAUAAAGAAGACAGUAUCAUUCCUCAUUCAAACGACUGUCAAUGCGAUUAUUGCACAUGUGUAGAUUGUUGUGACACGACUGAUAAAAAUAAAACUAAUAUAGCUUAUAAAACAGCUCAGAAUAUGAAACAUGACGAAACUAAAGCAUGCACAUGCAUCGUCUGUAAAUGUGAACCUUGUUACUAUAAAGAAGACAGUAUCAUUCCUCAUUCAAACGACUGUCAAUGCGAUUAUUGCACAUGUGUAGAUUGUUGUGACACGACUGAUAAAAAUAAAACUAAUAUAGCUUAUAAAACAGCUCAGAAUAUGAAACAUGACGAAACUAAAGCAUGUAAAUGCAUCGUCUGUAAAUGUGAACCUUGUUUAAACCAAACAGCUCCAAAAGAAAAGGUAACAUGUAAAUGUGGUGUUUGCAUAUGUGUAGACUGCGAAGGAGAACGAGAGUCGAAGAAAGAUGAAACAGUAACGGUAAGCUCACUUCCACAGGACAAAAAAGUUGAAAUAGUAACUGCAGGCUUACUUCCAAAAGAUCGCAGCUGUCAUUGCAUCGAAUGCUUUUGUGAUGAAUGUAAUGAUGAACGGAAAAAGGGAUCAAAAGCUAGACCGGAAAUUCAAAUACAAACAACUUCUCCUGUUAUGAAAACGGCUGCUAUACAGCCUCCCGAACCAAUACGCCCUGUGGGAUGUACUUGUUUGAGUUGUAUUUGUAUCGAUUGUGUUUCGAAGAAACUAGCCGGUCAAGAUCAGGUGUCUACAGAAGCAAAGCCUUUAACUAAAAACACUAGUUGCCAUUGUGCUACCUGUCUUUGUCCAGAAUGCUCAGCCAUGCCUAAAGGAACCAAACUAGAAGGUGAAAUUCAAAGUCAACCACAAGGACAGACACCCAUUACAAUUUCUGCAGAACCUCCCAAAGUUCAAAUUACAACUUCAGUAGAACCCCGUCCUCCGACGGACCCUCCAUUAUUUGAACCCCCACACAGAAUUGAGUGUCUCAGUGAAACAUGUACGUGUUUCCUUUGUGACAAGAAAGCAGUAGCGGAAUUAAGAACAGCAGCUGGAACCGAAGCUGGAACUUCGGUUCCAGCUUCUUCUGCUGCAAGAUCUGAAGGAGAGGCACCGACAUUUCAAAUACCCCAACGAAUGCCAUGCUCAUGUAAAAACUGCACUUGCCCUUUUGACUGCAAUAUGCUAAGUCAGCAGAUGACAGACUUUCAACAACCAGAACGACCUCUCGAAAACUAUGCUUUUACGGCAACUCAAGAAGAAAAAGGAGAGGUGCAAUUACCCAAUAUUCAGCAGACCCAGUCAGUGCCUAAGGCUCCACAGUUUGAGCCAACAUAUGUAGAACAUACAUCUAGAGAAGCUGAACGUGUUUGUUUUUGUACCAACUGUCAAUGUACGAUGUGUAACAAAGAUGUUAGACCUUCGACAGCACCUCAAUCAACUCAAGCACCUCAAUCAACUCAAGCCCCUCAAUCAACUCAAGCCCCUCAAUCAACUCAAGCCCCUCAAUCAGAUUAUUCCCAAAAAGUAAAUGAUCCAGCCCCUAUGGUACAAUCAGCAGCCAUUGUAGUAACCUCAUUUCACGUUCAACAAUCGAGACCGAGAUCCGCUCCUGGAGCAAAAUCUUACGAAUCUUGUGCUUGUGCAAUGUGUGCAUGCCCUUCUGAUUGUGUAACUUCAACUAAGACAGCUCCUUCUGAAUGUAGAUGCCCCGAUUGUAUCAUGGAGAAACCAAGCCGAAUAAGUGCAAAAGUUGGUGUAAGUCAACAGCGGUCUGUUGGUAGUCGAGUAACUUCAGCCAAGUCAGCUCUUUCUUCCGAUUGCAAAUGUCCUAAUUGCAUUAUGGAAAAACCAAGCCGAAUAAGUGCAAAAGUUGGUGAAUCAAUACAUGGCCAGGAUUCAAAAAUAAGUAAACAGCGAUCUAAGGGUAGCGCAAAAGUAACUUCAUCGUCCAAAUAUACAAACAGCGCUUCGUGUCCAGAUAAUAGUCUAAAACAAGAAGGAACUCGCCAGGUUAGUUCUCGAUCACAAGACAGAAAAGAUGCAAUAUGCGUUUGCCACAACUGUAGUGUAUGUCCAAAAGCUAGAAACGUGGAUUUGGCUACUAUAGAUAACGAAACCCUGCUUAAAACCAUCGAAUCAAGUACUAAAGAACACUGUGAAUGUAAAGAACAAAUCAAAGAGAUUCGGUCAGUUCUAAAAAGUAUAAAAAAAUCUUGUUUUGUCGCCGAAAAACAAGCGAUGGCAAAACCUCUAGUAAAACAGGCUUCUGAUUUUAAACAAACGAUGUCCGGCCUUAAGUUAGCUCUGAUAAACUUACAAGACAAAUGUAAAGCUAAGGACAAAAUGAUCAAACUAAUGACUGGAGAAUUAAAAACCCGUACCAGCAGUCAGACAUUGUGGAACGUUUUGAAUACUCGCACGGAAGACGCACCAGACUACGACAAAGCCGAUGAUGUGAAAGAUAAAAUUCCUUUUCAAACUCUUUAUACCGUUGGCGAAGAAAAGAGUACAUUUGAUCAAAAAGUAGCGCGAGCUACAGAAAGUGAGCGAGGACAAAGAUCUACCAAGUCCUGUAAGUGUGGAAAAUCGUCUACAAAGCAAGAAGACAGGAAUGUUGAUAUGGUUGGAUUUGAAGUAGUUGAUAUCAAAAGAAUCAUGGAAGAUAGCAUUAUUAUAAAAUGGGAACCGCCGAAAAGCAACUUGGUAACAGGAUAUGACAUUUUUAUCAACGGUUUACACAAGUCAAAAAUAAUGAGUGGUGGUAGAACUAGCGCUAUGAUUAACUCCAUUGAUCUUUCUAUUACCAAUCAAGUAACGAUUUAUGCUUUAACUAAACGUGGAAGAUGUGAACCCCCCGCUAUUGCUAUAUAUGAAGUCAGAAAGUAAUUGUCCAUUCCAUAACAACUUUGAUAUGAUUGUUCUGAAUAUUCUGUAAUAAAUUUGUAUUUUGUGCAGUA